CACACUUUAUGGUUUAUUCAUUGUACAGAUCCGGGAUGCUGCUCGAAAUGCGACCAACGGUCAAAGACCCGGGCAUCUGUCCUACUCCCGCUGAAUAGAUGCGCUGCCGAUGAAGACGUCUACAGACUACAAAGUUUGGGACUCUGCUCGCCAUGGGCCGGAGUGAGGAAGAAGCGGCCCCGGACCUGGAUGUUGUUCAUCUCUGAAGCUCUUAAGUUCAGGCAGCUACGGCUAACGCUAGGCUAACUACUAGCUCGUUAGGUAAAUAUUGCCUCUGCCUGACGAAGUUUCUCUCCAUCUACCGCCACGCCGUCUGCGCGCCACCUGAGUGGAUGGUUGUGGCUUUCGUGUGCUCAAACUCUCCGGCGAGAUGGGAGGAAUUUUGUUUGUUUCACUCGAAGCUAACAGGCGGCUAACAGCUAGCUCGUUCUUCAUGUAGCUGACGGUUAGCUCGCGCUGCCGGGCCAGACAGCAACUUCGGCAGCUCGCAGCAAACUCCACCAGAAGCCUCACCGCAGCCACCUGCAGUCAUGUCUGAACUGGAGACACACGUAUCGUGCCUUUUCCCGGAAAUAUUGGCCAUUAUUUUCAGCUACCUGGACGUGAAAGACAAAGGCAGAGUUGCCCAAGUGUGCACCUCCUGGAGGGACGCGUCCUACCACAAGUCGGUGUGGAGGGGGGUGGAAGCCAAGCUCCAUCUGCGGCGAGCCAACCCGUCCCUGUUCCCCAGCCUGCAGACCCGGGGCAUCAAGAAGGUGCAGAUCCUCAGCCUGAGGCGAAGUCUCAGCUACGUGAUCCAAGGGAUGCCGCAGAUCGAAAGCCUUAACCUGUGUGGAUGCUUCAACCUGACGGACAAUGGUCUGGGACAUGCCUUUGUGCAGGACAUCCCGUCUCUGCAGGUGCUCAACCUCAGCCUUUGCAAGCAGAUCACCGACUCCAGCCUGGGCAGGAUCGCGCAGUACCUCAAAAACCUGGAGGUGCUUGAACUCGGGGGAUGCAGCAACAUCACAAACACGGGCCUGUUGCUCAUCGCCUGGGGCUUGCACAGACUCAAGAGCCUUAACCUGCGCAGCUGCAGGCACGUGUCGGAUGUGGGCAUCGGCCACCUGUCCGGGAUGACCCGCAGUGCGGCGGAGGGCUGCCUCUCCCUGGAGAAGUUGACCUUGCAGGACUGUCAGAGGCUGACUGACCUUUCCCUCAAACACGUCUCAAAAGGUCUUAACAAGCUCAAAGUCCUCAACCUCAGCUUCUGUGGGGGGAUCUCGGACGCAGGCAUGAUCCACCUGUCGCAUAUGACCCACCUGUGCAGCCUCAACCUGCGCUCGUGCGACAACAUCAGCGACACCGGGAUCAUGCACCUGGCUAUGGGCUCCCUGCAGCUGUCCGGGCUCGACGUCUCUUUCUGCGACAAGAUCGGAGACCAGAGCAUGGCGUACAUCGCACAGGGCCUGUACCAGCUCAAGUCCCUCUCUCUGUGCUCCUGUCACAUCAGCGACGACGGCAUCAACCGCAUGGUGAGGCAGAUGAACGAACUCAAGACUCUUAACAUCGGGCAGUGCGUGCGGAUCACGGACAAGGGGUUGGAGCUGAUAGCCGAUCACUUGACUCAGCUGACGGGGAUCGACCUGUAUGGCUGCACGAAGAUCACCAAGAGAGGCCUGGAGAGGAUCACGCAGCUCCCAUGCCUUAAAGUGUUAAACCUGGGACUGUGGCAGGUGACGGAGAGCGAGAGGAUGAGAUGAAAGCUUCCACAUGUUGCUCAGUUGUAUCCUGGGCAGACCUGCCUGCACCUGUUCUUAAUAUUACCUUCUAUACUGUGACUAAACACCACGGAGAGGGACUCAGCAUCAAUCACUGGAAUUGUGUUGGCCUCCGCCGCAGUCCUCCACUCUUAUUGUGACUCUUGUUUCCAGUCCUGUGCUCUCUUCUCUUAAAUCUCAGCCUGUGUACAGUUCUUACUGUCUAGCUACCUCAGCCAUCGAAACACAGGAGUGCCUACUGUCGCUGAAUACUAGAUUAGAUAUUAUAUUUUUAUGACUCACAUAUGAAAGGAGAUUUUGAUAUAAAGUGGAAUCUCUCAGCAGAAUGAUAACUAGCUAUUUUAACUCUUAACAGAAAGGCUGGCGUACCUUUGGAUCGAAGUUUUGAUAGAAUUUUUUUUUUUGUUUAUGGCUGAUGUAUUUUUUACUCGUGUAACCAAUAAUUUUUUUUUUUAUCAAAUGACUUGCUGACAAAAUUGUACUUCAAAUUGAAGUGGGUGGAUCACUCCAGUCCCUUUGUUCACUGAUGUAUAGUUGGCUAUGUUUCAUAUUCCUGAGGAAGUAAAUUAAUGUAUCGGCUGUUAAAGGUUUUUAUUAACACGAGGCGUCGCAAUGAACAGCUACCGAGGUGAUGAUAUGCAAUACUUGUACAGCGGCGUUUCUCUGCCCUGCGUGGGUAAAGAGAGGCGUCUCUGCUCCCAUACCGCUGAUUUCAAUGGGUGGCUCUUCAUCAUGCUCCUGACACCGGUGAGGAGGGUGAUGAUGAUUUAUUCAUUGGAGCAGGGAGCUGUCACAUUGAUUCAGAGCGGUGGAUCCGUCACGUUCAGGUUUGAGAAAUGCUGUUUUUAACUGUCCGUCAGUGUUUUGCUUUUUUUUCCCCCCCCAACUCUGAGGAGCUUCCACUGAUACUGUCAGAGUAUUUGUUUAAAGGCCGUAAUUUAAGAUUGUUUUAUAUUCAUACAGUAGUGAUAUUUAUGAAUAAAGAUGGAAACCAGCUUUG